AACCCGUUACCAACCUGAAUCAACCAGAGCGGUAGAUUUGUCUUCGAAUACGUCAAGAUAGCGAGAGUUUUCUUUUUUUUCCUUUCUUCCCUUUUUUUUUUUUUACGAAACUUCCUUUCCCAGACCUAUACGUGUGCGUGAUACUAUAAAAGGAGCGCUCAAAAAGGGAUAGCUGUUGAGCAAAAAUGAAUGGCGACCUGUCUCGAAGUGAUCAACAGAGAAUUCAGGGGGAGAGGCGAGUUCGGAGUAAUGCGCGAUAUCAAAUCGGCAGUGAAGGUGAAGAAAAGCGAGCGACACGGUUCUCGAACGAACAGGAAACGAGGGAAGAGAGAGACAAAGGUGGGUUAGAAGGAAGAGAACAAAAGAGAGCAGCGCAGCCGAGCAUCAGGAGAGAAAGAUCAAAUCGUGUCUGGAUGGGUGCAGGGAGAAGGAUGAAACAACGGAGGGCAGCUUAGACCAGCACUAGGGGCGGACUCACCCUAAUCGUGAUAUUCUCCCAAGAAAACAAUCAAAUUGAAC